AGGAGGAAAUAUGUCUGACAAAAAAUUGCCAGAACGUCCAGGCAAACCAGAAUGCGGCUACUAUCUUAUAACAGGAAACUGUAAUCUGAAAAAAAGGUGCAAAUACCAUCACCCCAAGAAUAUAAUCCCGAUAGAGCCUGGACUGGCCCUCAAUGACAAUGGCUUACCGUUAAGACCUAAUCAAGCUGUUUGCCCACAUUUCAGUCGCUUUGGCCUUUGCAAAUCCGGUCCAGCUUGUAAAUUCGACCAUUCAACCAAACCAUCAUCAUCCUCAUCCUCUGCUCGCAAAUGAUGAAAAUGAAACUGAUAUUCGCUAUCUUCCGUUCCGUUUAAUCUAAAUAAGAUU